AUACGAACUUUCUAAAAAGCCCCUUACCAACCUAAACUCAUCAUGCCUCCUAGAAGACAAAAUCCUCCUUGUCAACGAGUUGUUCGGGACAUAGAAAUGGAAGAACUACGUCAACAAAUCCAAAGGCUUCAAGAAAGACUCGAAGCUUUUAAGGGACAACAAGCUCAACACUCGCAAGAUGAACCACAUGAGUUAAAGGAAGAUACUGAUAACGAGAAUCCCUUCCAUCACCUAAGGGAUAAUGAAAGCUCAUCAUCAAUAGAAAGAGUUCGUCGUCGACGACGUCCCCAACAAAAUGCUGCUCCCAAAUCCACUGACCUUGGCAUCAAAAUCGAUAUUCCAGAUUUUGAAGGUCGGCUUCAACCAGAUGAAUUUAUCGACUGGUUGAAUACUGUGGAAUGUGUGUUUGAACUCAAGGAUAUUCCUGACGACAAGCAUGUGAAGCUCGUUGCCAUCAAAUUAAAGAAACAUGCAUCCAUUUGGUGGGAGAAUCUCAAACGUAGUCGAGAAAGAGAAGGCCGUAGCAAAAUUAGAACUUGGGAGAAAAUGUGUCGAGAGCUUACUCGUAAGUUCUUACCUGACCGUUACUACCAAGAUAAUUUUGUUAAAUUUCAUAACUUGCAGCAAAAAUCUUUGACUGUGGAAGAAUAUACUAUGGAGUUCGAACAAUUAAUGAUGAAGUGUGAUGUUCCGGAAAAGGACGAGCAAACCAUAGCUCAAUAUCUUGGAGGAUUGGACUAUGACAUUUCCAAAGUUGUUCAACUUCAACAAUAUUGGACUUUGGAUGAUGGAAUUUGGCUAGCAUUGAGGGUUGAAAAGCAAAUCUCAAAGAAGAAUAUCACUAGUGCUUCAAAAUCGCGAGAUUUUGGAGCCAACAGAGGGACUCAAGCCUCAAAAACUGUUGCUAAGACCCCUGCCAAGACUGAGAAGGAAGUCAGCUCAAGCCGUCUAGCUCAAUCUAACACUCAAAAGUGUUUCAAGUGUCAAGGAUUUGGCCACAUAGCCUCUGACUAUCCAAAUAGGAGAGCUGUCACCAUUAUCGGAGGAGAAAUUCAUGAAGCCUCAGAAGAUGAAGCAGAAAAGGAGCAAAAUGAUGAAACUGACUCACCCCAGCUUGAGGAAGAACUCAUCCUAGCUGACCAUGGAGAAUCUUUGGUUGUGCGGAAAGUCUGUAAUGUCAUCAUUGACAGUGGAAGUUGUGAGAAUGUUGUGUCAAAUUAUAUGGUUGAGAAGCUAGGUCUGCCUGUCAAAGAUCAUCCCCAUCCAUACAAGUACCAAGAUGAAGUAUGGUGUGAUGUUAUUCCUAUGGAUGCUUGUCACUUGUUACUUGGUCGCCCUUGGCAAUUUGACCGAAAGGCUAUCCAUGAUGGCCAUGCCAACACCUACUUGUUUGUGAAAGAUGAAGAAAUUCGAUCUCUCCUUGAAGAAUUUUCUGAUGUUGUUCUUGACGAGAUCCUUCCUGGAUUACCACCAAUGAGAGACAUUCAGCAUGCCAUUGAUUUCAUUCCAGGAUCUGUCAUCCUAAACAAGCCUGCUUAUCGGAUGAACCCUCAAGAGUAUGCGGAACUUCAACGACAAGUCAAAGAAUUGAUGGAGAAAGGACUUGUCAAGGAAAAUGUUAGCCCAUGUACCGUGCCUGUGCUACUCGUCCCAAAGAAAGAUGGAACUUGGAGAAUGUGUGUAGAUAGUCGAGCAGUCAACAAAAUCAUUAUCAAGUACCGCUUCCCAAUUCCACGCCUUGAUGAUAUGCUUGAUCAAUUGCAUGGAGCUACUGCCUUCCCAAAGAUUGAUUUGAGAAGUGGAUAUCACCAAAUUCGAAUGCGUCCCGGUGAUGAAUGUAAGACAACAUUCAAAACUAGAGAUGGUUUGUACGAGUGGACGGUCAUGCCAUUCGAAUUGUCUAAUGCUCCCAGCACUUUCAUGUGCCUUAUAAACCAGGUAUUUCGACCCUUCAUUGGGAAAUUUGUUGUGGUUUACUUUGAUGAUAUCUUGGUAUAUAGCAAGAAUGAACAGGAGCACCUAGACCAUCUUCGGCAAGUUUUUGAAGUCCUUAAAGAACAGAAACUUUAUGCUAAUCUCAAGAAAUGUUCAUUCCUCAGUACAAGUGUGACAUUUCUUGGAUACAUCAUCACUGCUCAAGGUAUCAAGAUGGACCCCAGUAAGAUUGAUGCUAUUGUCAACUGGCCUACACCAACAUCGAUGCAUGAUGUUCGAAGCUUCCAUGGCCUGGCAUCUUUUUACCGGAGAUUCAUCGAGAAUUUUAGUUAUAUUGUUGCCCCUAUUACUGAUAGCCUUAAGGGUGACAAAUUUUCAUGGAGUGACAAAGCCCAACAAAGUUUUGAAGAAUUAAAGAGGAAGCUCUUUGAAACCUUUGUACUUGCACUUCCCAACUUUGACCUGAUGUUUGAAGUAGAUUUUGAUGCUUCUAAUGUUGGAACUGGUGCAGUGUUAAGUCAAGAAGGUCGACCCAUUGCCUUCUUUAGUGAAAAGUUGAAUGGCACAAAGCUCAGAUAUUCCACCUAUGACAAAGAAUUCUAUGCAAUUAUGAAAGUCACUGGAUUUAAAGUGAUCAAGGAGUUGUAUGAGGAUGAUCCUGAUUUUAGCAACAUUUGGCAAGCCACUUCUAAUCAAGCCUUUCAGCAAUAUCAUCGCCAACAAGAUUACCUCUUCAAGGGUAAUCGAUUAUGUGUUCCACGUUGCUCACUCCGAGAUUCAAUUAUCUGGGAAGCACAUAAUGGUGGAUUAGCUGGUCAUUUUGGGAGAGACAAGACUUUAGCUCUUGUUAAAGAAAGUUUGUACUGGCCAAAGUUGGAGCAGAAUGUCAUUCGUCACAUUAAAAGAUGCAAAGAAAGGUUUCCUAAUCCACCUAAUGUCAAACUCUCCCCUAGAGCAGAUGGUCCUUUUCAGAUAGUGGAGAAAAUCAAUGAUAAUGCUUACAAGAUCAAACUUCCAGGUGACUAUGGAGUCUCUGCUACUUUCAAUGUAGCUGAUCUAUCUCCUUACUAUGAGGAUCAUGAGCAUUGAACUCAAACUCGAGGACGAGUUUUCUCCAACCAGGGGAGAAUGCACCGGGGGAAAGCACCACGAAAGUGCACUAGGAUUGCAAGUCAGCAAAUUUUAGACUACACUCUGCAGACUACAAAUAGGCCGGUGCAAUUCUGUCAAAAGUGGCCACUAAAUUCCACAAAGAUGGCUAACUCCCAACUGCAUUUUCACUUUUCAUUUAUUGCCUUAUGUUAGAUUUUGCUUAUAAAUAGCUAUGUUCCCU